CCCAGAGUCUUGCUCCAGGCCACAGUAGGAGCCGGGGUCCUGCCUUCACUCAGCCAAGUGACCAGUGUUCCUAGGGCUUGGGAGGUGGGGACAGCAGCAGUUAGGGGAAGAUAGAACCUGAAAAAAAUGGGCUGAGAUUGACUUCAGGAGGUUUCUGGACCUAGAGGGGGAAACUGAGAGGAGCUAUUGUCCUUACCCUAGGUCUUGCUCCCCACUUCCCUCUGUCUCACCCCAUUCCAGGUAUGUGGCACAAAACAAAGUACAUGGACUCCAGAGUCUGGCAGACCACAGGACAAAUCCUGUUCCAUCCCUUUCCAGCUCGGUGUCUCUGGGCAAGUCACUUCUGAGCUUCAGCUUCCUGAUCUGUAAAGUGGAGAUACACUACUUCUGAGCAGGUGUGACUGUUAGGUGCCUGGCUGCAACAAAUCAUGCAGUGAGCCAUGCCCCGCCCUGGACACUCCCGCCCAUCAUCUGGGCCCCCACGCUUGGGACCCUGGGAGCGGCCAAUAGAACUAUGCGUGGAGACUUUUGAUGAGCCAUCCCAACCCCCACCAAGCCGCCGCACCCGCAGGCCAGACCCCAAGGACCCUGGCCACCAUGGGCCCGAGAGCCUUACCUUCAUCUCCAGCUCUCCUGAGUCUGCUGCUGAGCCCCCAGCCUGCUGCCUGCCCUGGAGACCAUGGGUGUGGGACUGGUGCCGGGCUGCCUUCUGCUUCCGCCGCUGCCGGAGUUGCCUCCAGCGAUGCGGAGCCUGCAUGCGGGGCUGCAGCCUCUGCUUGUCUGCUGGCGACUCCCCUGAGGGGGCUGCUGAAGCCAGCUGGGCCAAAGAACACAAUGGAGUACCCCCCAGCCCCGACCGCGCACCUCCCAGCCGGCGCGACGGCCAGCGGCUCAAGUCAACCAUGGGUAGCAGUUUCAGCUACCCUGACGUCAAGCUCAAAGGCAUCCCUGUGUAUCCCUACCGCAGCACCACCUCCCCAGCCCCUGAUGCGGACUCCUGCUGCAAGGAGCCACUGGCUGAACCCCCACCCAUGCGGCACAGCCUGCCUAGCACCCUCGCCAGCAGCCCUCGUGGCUCCGAAGAGUACUACUCCUUCCAUGAGUCGGACCUGGACCUGCCCGAGAUAGGAAGCGGCUCCAUGUCCAGCCGAGAGAUCGAUGUGCUCAUCUUCAAGAAGCUGACCGAGUUAUUCAGUGUACACCAGAUUGACGAGCUGGCCAAGUGCACAUCAGACACUGUGUUCCUGGAGAAGACCAGUAAGAUCUCGGACCUUAUCAGCAGUAUCACCCAGGACUACCACCUGGAUGAGCAGGAUGCCGAGGGCCGCCUGGUUCGCGGCAUCAUUCGCAUCAGUACCCGCAAGAGCCGAGCCCGCCCGCAGACCACAGAGGGGCGCUCCGUGCGGGGUGCAGCCCCUGCUGCUGCCCCUGACAGUGGCCACGAGACCAUGGUGGGCUCAGGGCUCAGCCAGGAUGAACUCACAGUGCAGAUCUCCCAGGAGACCACUGCAGAUGUCAUCGCCAGGAGGCUGAGGCCUUAUGGAGCCCCAGGAUACCCAGCCAGCCACGAUUCAUCUUUCCAGGGCACAGACACAGACUCGUCAGGAGCACCGCUGCUCCAGGUGUACUGCUAACCCUUCUGGGAGAAGUAGAGCCCACAGCCUGAAGAGGGGAAGCAGGCCCCCCUUUGGAGGAGGCUGGGCCCCCUGGCCCCUCCCACUUCAGCUGACUGGUUCCUGGACCAUGUGCAUUUCACUGAGCGACGGGUGCCCACAUCACCCUGGAUCCCUCGCUGGCCUGAGACCUGCCUGGGCCUGUUCCUUCCUGCCCACGGUCUUCAGGCAGCCUGGAUCAUGGAAGGCAAAGACUUAGAGGAGUUACCUUCUGGGAUUGAAUCCCAGCUCUACCGUAACCAGUCAAGCAAACUCCCCUCUCCCCAGGAUGAGGGUAGCACGUGAGAGGGUGACAAUUCAAAGCAGUUUAUUUUAAAUGGAUUGGGUUGGGGGGCAGGCAGGACCUCUUGUCUCGAAUUCUGUGGGCAGUGCCCACUCCACAUUAUGUUCUGUUGGUUCUUGGCUUAUGUUCUAUAUGCUAACAUGACAGUAGUUUCAAGUACAAAGAUAGUAGAUGACUGCCUGGA